GAGAUACUUAUAUAGGAUGAGAAGAUAGAAAAUUUAUUUGGUGCAAGCAACAGAGUUUCCCCAUACAAUCCUCUUCCUAUAAAACUCUUGAGCAGUAUCUUCAAAAGUUUAAAUAACGAACCCCAUAUUGAAAAAUGAAAGUACACUCCUGCAUUCAUCCUCUUCCCUGCACUCCCUCCACCGGAAUUUUGGUCUCCGGCGGUCGUACGGAAGCUAAGCUUGCUGCUAACAACAGAAAGCUUUAUUCUUUAACUUUGAAUUCCACUAAUUAUGCCCCAUUUCAUUAUAAAGAUCUGAAAUUUUCCAGAAGCAGCUCUAUGGAUUUUUCUAGAAUGGCAAUUGGUUCGAAUGUAAGUGAAGAUACAGAUGACAUGUUUGAUGAUCUCCUAAGAACGCAUGGGAAAGUGGUAUACAAAAGAAAUGACCAAAAACCUGCAAGUGAGGAGAUUGAUGAUGAUGCUGAAAGCCUAUCCUUUGCAAUGGCUGUGGCUAAAGUUGCAAGUGAUGUCAAGGCUGGAGAUAUAAAGGUUCUCUUUGUCAAGCCUCUAGUAUAUUGGACUCGGUUUUUCAUUAUUGCUACUGCAUUCUCUCGCCCACAGAUUGAUGCCAUUGGGACCAGAGUAAGAGAUAUGGCUGAGGAACAAUAUGGAAGAGUUGCUUCUGGAGAUUCAAAACCCAACUCGUGGACGCUACUAGACUUUGGUGAUGUUGUUGUUCAUCUAUUUCUUCCUCCGCAGCGUGAGUACUACAACCUGGAAGAAUUCUAUGGCAAUGCAGCAUCCAUCGAACUACCAUUUGAGAACCAACAACAAUUGCGAGGACCUACUGGAUAUUGAAGUCCCAACAGUUUUGGCCUCGUGGUGAUUAACAGAAAGUGUAGCAAAUUAUGAGGCAGUCGCAGUGUUCCCCCGAUUGCUGACAAGGAACGAUUACAUAUCUGGGCAAACUCUGUUGAUCCACCGGUUGCGUUAUGUUUCUUAAAUUAGUAGUAAUGUAAUUGCUCUUGUAGAAGAUAAAGCUCUGUACUACGCUGUCUCUGUAGAAAUAUUGGAAAAGAAAUAGUUUACAUUCAUUCUGAACCAAAAAGGGUGCCAAAGGGGCUCAUUGUCACGUCUGAUGAAAGAACCUAACAUCCUUUUUUCCCUUGA